AUGACAUCGUCCACAAAUUUAGCAACAAAAUAUGUUGUAUUUUCCUAUAGUAAAAAUAAUCAAGAACUUGUAUUAAAAAUUUAUGGCUAUUUAAAAAAUGAAAAUCUUCCUGUAUGGAUUAAUGUUCAAGAUGGCACCAAUAAAGAUAUCCAUGAAAGUGAAGACAAUAUUAUAAAUAAUAUAAGUAUUCUUGUAUGUUUCUUAACACCAAUGUAUCAAACAUCAAAGUUCUUCCAAAAACAAGUUGAAUCAGCUAGAAGAAAGAGAAUACCUAUUAUUGCUUGUCGCCUGUUACCGAAUUGGAAACCAUCUGGCUGGCUAAAUAAAAUUACAAGUGAUUUAUUGACAAUCGAUUUACGGGGUAUUAAUCAAAAAAAUUUCCUUGAUAAAACGAAUAAAUUACGAGAAAAAGUCAUCUGGUUAUUAGAUAACCAAAAAGAUUCUGAACUUUUAUCUAUUUUACCUGUUCAUGAAUCUCUAAUAGAUAUUGCAGAUCAAUCAAUAUUAUUAGAUGAUUCAGACAUGUUUUCUUUAGUUGAAAAUUUUCAUUCAAAUUGUUGUAAGAAAAAACCAAUUAAAUAUCGAAUUCUUCCAAAGAAUUGUUGUUUAUCGUUAUCAAAUUUAAUGAUUUGUAAUAAUGAAUAUAUAUUAAUUAGUGGAAAUAAUCAUUUGCAUUUAUUUGAUCGAAAUCUAAAACUUAUUCGGUCAAAUAAUGAUAGAAAAAUAAAUGAAGAUGAUCUGAAAGAUUUAAGUUGGUGUUCUUAUUUGAAUUGUUUUAUUAUUUUAACUAAAAAACAAAUCUAUUUAAUGAAUUCAUUAACAAGUAAACUUUCAAUUAUUGAAAAUAUUAAAUUAAAAGAUCAUCGAGAAGAGUUUAUUUCUUGUUGUUGUUCUGAAGAAAAAUUUUAUGUUAUAACAUGUCAAUUAAAUUCAAGUUCAUUUUAUUUCGAAGAAUAUAAUUUACCAACAUUUCGGUUCUUAAGAAAAUUUCAAAUUCUUGAUUUUAUCGAAAAUACAUUAAUUAUUCAAAAUGGAGUUUUUAAUAAAAAUUUCAAUUUAGAAGAAAUACUUUCUUUGAGAUAUUAUGAUAAAAAACUUGCAAUCAUUAUGAAAAUAGGAUCAAAUUGGUUUAUUUAUUUCUUUUAUUUAUAUGAUCAACCUUUUUUUCUUAAAAAAAUUCUUUUAGAAGAUAAAAGUCGAAUAACAAUUAUAGAUUCACUGAAUCAAUUGAUUAUUUUUAAAGAUUACUUAUCAAAUUCAUUUAUUCAAAUGCCAAUGGAUCUCGAAAAUAAAUUUCAAACAAAUCAAAUAUCAAAUUAUUCAAAAGCAUUUAUUGAUUUUAAUGGAAAAUUACGUAGUAUUGCAUCAUUUCGAAUGUCAAAUCUUGUUCUUCUUAUUGAUAAUGCUCUUGUUAUUUAUAAAUUGUAA